AUGAAUUUCUCAACACUCAGAAACAUCCAGGGUCUUCACGCUCCUCUAAAACUGCAAAUGGAGUACAGGGCGGCCCGACAGAUCCAGCGUCUCCCAUUCCUACAGAGCUCAAAUUUGGCUCUCGAUACGCUGCGAAACAGCGAUGAGUCCAUUGGAUUUGAAGACAUCCUCAACGAUCCAGCCCACAGUGAAGUGAUGGGUGAGCCACACAUGAUGGUGGAGUACAAAUUGGGAUUGUUGUGAACAGAGUUGUGCACACAGAUCCAUAUUAUUAUUAUGUUUGAAUACAUUUGUUUAUCAACUCCAUAACCAAAGUUAGUAGUUGGUGGAGAGUUUUAGUUGUGGAGUACUUUUGAGCAGGAAAUGGGUGUGUGUGUGUGUAGUGAUCUUGAAAAAAGUCACUCACACAGGCUGCUUUUGUAUGAUUUCAUUUGGUUAUUUCUAAUAAACUUCAUGACUCUC